UAUGUAGACUAUAUAGAAUUAGAUCUAUAUUCUAUAUAGAUGAUAGAUCUAUUGACUUAUAAAUCCAUCUAAAAGACAUUGAACAUAAAAUCAUCUAGAUUAGAUCUGUGGUCUAUAUCUAUCAUAAAAUUCAUAAUCUAUAUGCAGAUAUAGAAUCCAUAUAGUUAUAGUUUAAUAUAUGAUUAAAUGUAAAAAAAAAAACUAUAAAAAAAAACUAAAAGAGCAUGUAAUAUAAUAUAAAGAUCUACUACUAAUCUAAAUAAAUAAAUGCAUUAUACAAGAAAUGACGGAGAGCCUAGAUAGAGAGGCACCGGAAAUUGGCCUCCACAUAAACUCUGAUAAGACUAAAAUUGUGCAUGUGGGGAUAUAAGACAAAGGGUGAGACAUGGAAGUAAUCUGCCAAAAUUGAGAAAAGACUAAAUGUGGCUCAACAAAAAUGGCUAAGAUGGAUUUCAGGAGUCAGUUAUAUAGAUCAGGUCUCAAACAAGGAAAUUCUAUGCCAAACUGGGAGGUUGUGACAGAGUGUCCUAUGAGGUUUGUGGGACACGUUCUAAAUGAACUAGGCAUACCAAGAGUUGCGAUGACAUGGAGGCCAAUAUGAGCAAACAGGGACAUCCUCAUAAAACUUGGUGCCACACUUUCAUGGAAGACCUCCAAACAGAGGAAACCAGAAUAAAUAUGACACCUGUUCCAGUCCUUAUGAUUUUGUACAGUAGUGAUGCUACAGAAGUUAGAUAUUCUGAUGGUUCUCGUCUAGAAUUAUCACCUUGUGGGUCAACAAUGAUAUAUCAUCCUUCUGUCACUGCCACUGAGCACCCUCAUCAUGUGAAAUAUAAAACUAUCCAGAAGAGAACAAUGUUUGUGACCAGUGAGCACAGGGCUAAAGUUCUGCAGGCCUUGGACUUUAGAAACAGAUUUGCAGAAAGACCUUAUUUAUGUAAAGAGUUGAUUCCAGCAGAUGAUGUUCUGGCACUUUAUUCUAAAAUUGAUAGAAUUGCUUGGCCUAGAGACUUGGCAAAAGUUGAUGUUGAAAUUUUACCAGACGGUAGUAGAAGAAUAACAUCACUGGAUGAGUAUGCAAGUUUAAUUGUCUCCCCACAUGGUCAGGACUUUACCGUCUGCUAUCUGUCACAGAUUAGUAGAGAAAGAAAGUCAACCAAGAAUGUUUUUGCACAGUCUUCUAAAUCUGCAAGCUCAUUUUGUGGCAUGUCUAAAAUAUCUUUUGAGAAGCUUAAAAACGAGCCAUCACAGAAAGACUUAAGGCCUAAGGAAGCUAUUGUUCAUCCAUUUGAGUCUUGUCAAAGUUUCUCAUAUGACAAUGAAUUAGUCAACAAUAAUAAUAGUAAUAUUCUUUCCACUCAGACUGAAUCUACCUCUGUUAAAAUGGGUGCUAAAAGCAGCUUUGAGCAUGGAUGUAAACCAGACAAUUUUAUGCCAGUCACAUCUUCUGAGUCUUCAACAAGUAGGUCGUCUCCACCUCACACAAAUAAUACUGUUUUAUUGAAUUCUAUCAACUCUAUUGAAAAUGUUACGUUUGAUGUUGCAACCAACCAAAAAGACAAUCAAAAUAUUCAUGAUUUCUACUCAAAGACUGGACUAGUACAAAGCCGAGAUAUUUUCAUGGAUACCCAUUUUAAUAUGAACUCACCCUCUGCGCAAGAACUUUCUAGUAUUAGUAGGUCCUCUACACCAGAUGGUCUUAGAAUGACCAUAGACUCAGAUGCCACACUUAUCCAAGAUAACACGUUAAUAUCAAACACUGCAUCUGGCAACAUGAAAGCUGCUCAACCCUCUCAAUUCACCUCAAGUCCAAAUGAUGAUGUUAUUCAAUAUAAAAAGAAAAUAAUAGACAGUGGUUCCCUUAAUGGGUCAUUUUUGGAAAACUGUCCAUCAUUGCAACAUGACGGAUCAGCCUCUCAUGAAAAUAGAAACAAAGUAAAAGUAAGUCCAGAAAUAGGAACUGAGUCUUUUUCUGCCACCUUACAAAAUGAUGCACAUGCCAGUGCUGCAUUGGAAAACAUUAGUAACCAUGUCAACCAAGUUAACAUUGCCAGCGAUGAGGAUCAUAUCAAGAUUGCUCAAAAAUUGGACUUUGGUGAUGAUGUUGAAGGUCAGAGUUCAUCAUAUGCCAGAGUUUGUGAUUGUGAAGCUAAUGAGAUAAAUGAUGAUUACUUGAAAGGACUGAAAACAAAUAAUCAAAGUCAUAACAGGUUGAAAAUUACAGAACCAGAUCAUGAUGGGUUGAGAACUACUAAAACAGAUCAUGAAGGAUUAAGAACAAAUGAACCAGAACAUGAUGUGCUGAAAAUGAAUGAGCCUGAUUAUCAUGGGCUGAGAACUAUCCAACUAGAUCAUAAUGAGUUGAGAACUACUGAACUAGAUCAUAAUGAUUUGAGGACUACUGAACUAGAUCAUGAGAACAGACGUCAAUAUGUUUGGUUGACCAAACAUAUAUCAAGAAAUGAUUGCCCAACAGAGUGGACCAUUCCACUCAAAUUAGCUUUGGGAGGUCAUCCAAAGCUCUCAGAAGUUAGUGCAACCUCAGUGCCAAGCAAGAGGAGACUACUAACUGUCUCAACUCAUUUCAAACCUUCAGCUAAUGAAUGCAGUUUCACUACAGUGCCCUCCCCUUUACCACUGUUGUGCCCCUAUCAACAUAAGCACAAAGUGUUAUUUGCAUCCUUCCAAGCUGACCAGUCAGAGGACCAGCACACCAGUGGUGAUUUCCAGCAUGGAAAGUUAAAAAUGAUUAUUUCAGAAGGGGUAGUUUAUAGGCUGAUCCAAAAGGGUGAGCUGAAAAUAAUUGAAAUUCACCCUGGAGACGGAAGUGUCCUGGUAUCUCAAGGCAUUCAAGCACAUUUCUAUACUCACUACAUUCUAGAUGGGGACAAGAUUGAAGAGAGAACUUACUCACUGAAGUCACUUCCACCAGGGAGACCUAAAGGAAGAUACAGUGUUGAACAUCUUAUAAAAACUGCAAACAGAUUUUUCUUGUUAAACACUCAGUGGGAAAAAAGAGGUCUCAGUGAAGUGACUCCAUGUUGGAAUAAAGAUGUUAUUGCUGUUGUUGAGCCUUUGUCUACUUCAUUGCUAGAAGAGUAUCAUGUGGAAGGACUGGGAAAGUUUUCUGCUUUCAGCAAUGGCAGAGUUAGAAUAGUUUUUACAGACAGGACUGCUUUAGACAUGGUUUGUAAUGUCUCAAAUCGCUUGAAUCUCAGUCAAGGUCAACUACCUCAGACAUCAUUACCAGGAGCUGAGGUUGUCUCCCAUAUAAACACUGUUUGUAACAACAGUAAUGCUCGUUUACUUUUGCCUUCUGGUAACUAUGUUACAGUGGACAUCAACUGCCCUGGAGUUUACAAACGCUAUAUCAAAGCAGCAAUAGAUUGGGUUUCAUGGGUUAACACAAUCCCAGCAGAGAGGCCAGACUUUUAUAAACAUCAGCAAUCUGUGGAGCUCAUUCAAAAAGCAGCAGAACUUGAACUGAAAAAAAUAUCUUGUUUUAACUAUAUAGUUGAUAACACCCUCAAUGUAGGGAAGCAUGUACCAAGUGAACCAAGCCAACUGCUGCAUCAGAGAUUACAUGACUCCACUCACCACACAACUUCAGCAUCCUUGAACCCCAAUCAAGAUGAUCAAAUACCUUCUAUCCAACCUCAGUCCAUGAUGCCACGUAUCAAUGCACCAAAAAACCUUCCUUUAGAUUGUACCAUUGGUCAGACGUCAGUACCUUAUGUCAGUUCACAGACUUCUAGGUCAACAUUGCCAAGAGGUGAUCCUCAAUACAAAAAACGUGUACAUCUGACAUCAUCAUACCGCAGAAACGAGGAUGAAGAAUUCCCUGAUGUACAACAGGUCUUGUUACAAAAUUCACACAUGAUCAGUGAAAUAGACAGCUUUCUGGAGAAAACCAAAAAGUCUUGAUGCCUGUCUGAUAAAAAAUUUGACUUGUAUAUAAAAAUAUAUUUGAUCUUAAACCAAAGUCAAAGACUAAAGAAUGUUUCAUCUCUUUAAGAGCUAGUUUCUGACUGUGUAAUGUGAUCUGAUCAUUGGCCAUUUAGAAUGAUUCAUAACUUGAAAUCAAAUAAGAAAGCAGAAAGAUUAUUUUUGAACUCAAGUGAGAGCUAAAUAUUUCAGGACAAGAUUGUCAAGUGUGUGGAUAUAUUUGCAUGUAUUAAAACAACGUGAUAAUCUUAUGCCAGCUCUCUGGAAAGCAAGUUUAAAAAAGACAUUCACAGUUGUGCUGUUCACACAAUAGCUCAGGUAAUGUCAACAAGUUGGAUGAGUGGUACAAGAGGGAUGACUUGUACACUGAAAAAGUACUGGUUAUAUUACAGUAGAAUGAGUGAUGUAUAUGUAUGAGUGAUUUAUAAGUUGAUGUUUAGUUCUUCAGUUGUGCCUUACUAAUUUUCAUUAGCAAGAUCUAAUAAAGCUUUAUACCUUUUA